AUGAGUUCUCUUCGUCAACGAGCCGCGCGGCUCAGCGAGAAGCUCGAGGUGCCCGUGGAUGAGAAUUUGGACGGCAAGAGGCCCACGGCAUGGAACAAUCGUGAUCUUGCGCCCCUUCCACCAUACAGGCGAACGUGGACAGUAUGGGGAUUUUUGGGAUUCUGGGCUGUCAUCCAACUGAAUACAGUAGGAUGGCAGACGGCAAGCUCGUUGAUCUCGCUGGGGUUGAGUGUGUGGGAGGCUAUGGUUGUGACGAUUAUCGCAAAAUUCCUCAUUGCUGGAGUAGCCAUUGCGAACGGCUGGUGGGGUGCUCUAUGGCAUGUCGGCUUCUCCGUUGGAAACCGCGCUGUCUGGGGACUUCGGGGCUCAUAUCUUGCUCUCGCACAAAGAAUCAUGCUCUGCCUGGUCUGGUACGGUGUCCAAGCCUGGAUUGGUGGUCAGAUGGUAGGCGUCAUGCUCUACAGCAUCUUCUCUGGCUACAGGCAUAUCCCCAAUACCUUUCCCGCCAGUGCGAACAUGACAACUCAGCAGUUCGUCGGCUUCGUCGUCUUCCUCUGCUUCCAGUUCCCUUGCCUUUUGAUCCCUCCCGAGAAGACAGCAAUCCUCUUCCGGUAUGCUAACAUCAUCACUGCCGUUACCAUGUUCUCAGUCACGGUCUGGGCGCUGUCAACUGCCCACGGCGGCGGGCCUUUGCUCACAGCCAAUAGCACGCUUGCCACGACUAGCGAGAGAGCCUGGGCAAUCAUCCGUGGCAUCACGACUGUCAUUGGGUCCAUCGCGGUGUCACUGACGAACCAAAGUGACUUCAACCGAUUCGCAAAGACCCCGGGUGCGCAAAUUCCGGGCCAAAUAUACUCUACCAUCAUCAUCGGUGCGCUUGUAACCCUCAUGGGUACGCUCUCGACCUCUGCCGCGCAGAAAAUCUAUGGAGAAGUGCUCUGGUCGCCAGCAGAGCUCGCCAUCCGCUGGAUGGAGGACGGCUAUACGGCCAAAUCUCGUGCCGGAGCCUUUUUCGCUGGCUUCGGCUUUUUCAUCUCCCAGCUUAGCAUCAACACAGUCGACAAUGCGUGGCCGGGUGGCUUCGACCUUGCAGCACUCUUUCCUCGUUGGAUCAAUAUCCGCCGGGGAGCAGUCAUCACCUUCGUGCUCGGUAUCGCAAUCAAUCCCUGGCAAUUGGCUGACACAGCAAACACUUUCAUCAAUGUGCUGGACGGAUAUUCUGUCUUCCUCGGUCCCAUGGUGGGCAUGAUGGUGUGCGAUUUCUGGGUCAUUCGUGACCGCAAACUCAAGCUCUCCGAUCUGUACAUUCCAAACCGAUCGUCCAUCUACUGGUACAACCGGGGUUUUAACUGGCGCGCCUACGCUUCUUGGCUCAUCGGCAUGGCGCCUGCGCUGCCCGGAUUCAUCAAUGCUGUCAACCCGUCCAUCCAUGUGCCCACGGGCGCGCAGGAGAUUUUCUACCUCGCGUACAUCGAGGGUUUUGCAUUGGCAUUCGUUGUACAUUAUAUCUUGAACCGACUAUUCCCUGUCCCGGGCGUGGGAGAGAUCGACGAGGAGGAUCUGUUUGCGACCUUCACAGUCGAGGAGGCAAGGAAGCUGGGGGUGAUACCAAAUCCCCGGGUGCUUGAGACGGAGGUGUUAGAGAUCCAUGAGGGUGAGCGCGCGUCUUCAGAAGAGGCUGUAGAGUCGAAGGCUGUGGUGGUCGGGGAGAAGCUGGUUGGCUGA